CCUGCCUCACGUCGUGUUACAGUCAUCUCCAUCUGAAAUGCGCCUCGUCAGUCGCUGCCAUCUGAUGUGUUGAAACCUUCGGGCGGAGCAGUGAGACAGCAUCUUUUCGCGUCACACGUCAUUGUCAACACGAGUGGACAAGCCCCCCGUAGAGCACCAUGUCAGACAAAAGUGACUUAAAAGCAGAGCUGGAGCGCAAGAAGCAGCGCCUUGCCCAGAUCAGGGAGGAGAAAAAGAGAAAAGAAGAGGAGAGGAAAAAGAAAGAGGUAACCAAAAAAGCAGAGAGUCAACAGAAGACGGAAGCCACCUCAGAGGACUCAGACUUGGACCGCAAGCGCCGAGAGACUGAGGCCCUGCUGCAGAGUAUCGGCAUUUCACCCGAGCCUCCUUUAGUGCCAAAUCCUUUGUCCCCGUCCAAAUCAAUGAGCACGCCCAGCGAAACAGAGAGCCAGGAUUCAGCUGACGGCGGAACAGCAGGCAGGUCAGGUUUCUCAAAAAGCAAGUCCGAGGUACAAAGCUCAAGGACCCUGCAGUGGGACACAGACCCCUCUGUGCUGCAGCUGCAAGCAGAUUCUGAGCUUGGGCGGAGGAUGCAGAAGCUGGGGGCCUCUAAGAUCACACAAGUUGAUUUUCAACCAAAAGAGUUGGUCUUGUACAGCAAGGAGACACAAACGCCGCUCACCGCCCAUCUAUCUGAAGUAGAGGAGGACGAGGAGGAUGAAGAGCUGAUGGAAUCGAAGCCAGGCCCUGAGUUGGAGCUGCAUGAUGAAGAUGACAAGGAAAAUAAAGAAGCAGGCUCUUUCCCUGUGCUGCGGGAGCUGACGGAGGAGGAGAGGCAGCAAAUACUACACUCGUCUGAGUUCCAGAAUUUCUUCGACUGCAGCAUCCGGGUGAUGGAAAGAGCUCUGGCCGAAAGCGGCGAUAUCUUCUUCGACUACACCGGUCGAGCCCUGGAGGACAAGGAAGGAGACGUGGCUGGAGGCUCCAGUUUGUCCUUCACUCGACUUUUCUAUGAUGAACACUGGUCAAAACAUCGUGUUGUCACCUGUCUUGACUGGUCCCCUCAGUAUCCUGAGUUGCUUGUUGCCUCUUACAACAACAACGAAGAUGCUCCCCACGAACCGGACGGUGUUGCCCUGGUUUGGAACAUCAAAUUCAAAAAGGCCACACCAGAGUACAUCUUUCACUGUCAGUCUCCAGUGGUGUCGGUGGGUUUCGCCAGAUUUCAUCCCAACCUUGUGGUGGGGGGGACUUACUCGGGGCAGAUCGUCCUGUGGGACAACCGCAGUCACAGGCGGACCCCAGUCCAGAGGACACCCCUGUCGGCUGCUGCGCACACUCACCCCGUGUACUGUGUGAACGUGGUUGGCACCCAGAAUGCCAACAACCUGAUCACCGUGUCUACAGACGGAAGGAUGUGCUCCUGGAGUCUGGACAUGCUCUCUCAGCCUCAGGAGAGUAUGGAACUGGUGUACAAUAAAUCCAAACCAGUGGCAGUGACCGCCAUGGCGUUCCCUACAGGUGACGUUAACAACUAUGUAGUGGGUAGUGAGGAGGGCACUGUGUAUACUGCAUCCAGGCACGGCAGCAAGGCAGGGAUCUGUGAGAUGUUCGAGGGCCACCAGGGGCCCGUGACAGGGAUCAGCUGUCACAAUGCGGUGGGCACCGUGGACUUUUCUCACCUUUUCGUCACUUCCUCCUUCGACUGGACGGUCAAACUUUGGAGCACUAAGCAAAACAAGCCUCUCUACUCUUUUGAGGACAACGCCGACUACGUCUAUGAUGUCAUGUGGUCGCCUGUGCACCCUGCGAUCUUUGCAUCUGUGGACGGCAUGGGCCGCCUCGACCUGUGGAACCUCAACAACGACACGGAGGUACCAACAGCCAGUGUGACCAUUGAAGGCGCGUCGGCCCUCAACAGAGUGCGCUGGUCACCUGGAGGGAAGGAAGUGGCCGUGGGCGACUCGGAGGGCCGAGUGUGGGUCUACGAUACUGGAGAGCUGUCAGUGGCCCACAGUGACGACUGGACACGCUUCGCCCGUACGCUGAUGGAGAUCCGUGCCAACCGUGCGGAUGGCGAGGAGGAGGGGCCUGUGGAGCUGGCUUCAUAGAGCGUGACUACAAACCAAAGUGUGCUUUUAUAAGUGUCAAGUGUAGCAUGUGCUUCUUACUCAUGUUUGUGUUGGUUCUCCACCUUUGUGUACGUCAGAUUGUGCUAUUAUUGGUCUGGUUUGUUCUGAUUCUGCUCCCACGUACAUGCAGGUGGUUCUUCGGGUGUUGUUUAAAAUAUAUGGAAGUGGCUCUCCUCUUAGCCUUAUGAUGUGUGCUGUACCGACGCUUUGCACUAGUGUAAAAAGUCCUUAACUGUUUACAAAUGUCACGAUCACUUCACAUUGCGCUUCUUGCAUGCUGCAUUCCAGAGCUUAUAUUGUGUGGUUGUCACAUAUGGGCCUUUGGCUUCAUAUUCGAUCAUGAAGUACUACCGUAUAGUUAAUAUAUGGCAAUGCAGAAAGCUUCUUGUCUUUUGGUUUCCUCCUUAGCUUUUACGUCAAUGCUGCUCACAAGAAACAUUUGUACACUGAAAUCUACUGGAAUAAAUACACAGGCAGACAUUUCAUUCACAGGGAAAAGACAGUCUGUGUCUAAUUCAUGUACACAUCUGCACUGCAGCUUUGUGGAAAAAAAAAAAAAAAAAAAAGUUUCUCACAUUUUGUAAUCCAGUCGCUUACAUUCUAGGUCACUUAUUGGGUCACGUAUUGUGCUCAAAGCAUCCCGACUGUGACUGUUGUGAAUAAGCAAGUGAUUCGAGAGCGUGGCCCACUGGGAAAUGGCGGGACGACAAUAAAUACAGUCCAGUGUGUGCUAUCUGUCCUGAUUAACGGAUAGUCAACAGCUCAUGUCCAAUCUCUCUUCUACUUGUGUCUAGUUUUCUGGGUUUAAACAUUUAAAACAGGCAGUAAAAGAAAACUAAUUCAAGACUGAAUGCGUUGUAUCCUGUUUCUACUGUCCCUAACAUUCACCACAUUUAACACUAUUAUUAAUAGACUAAGUAGGUAUUAAAUACUAUAAAAUAAACUGACUGAAAAGCAGCGGACAAUCUCUAAAAAUGUAUGAUUUUUUUAAAUACAUUUUGAAAGUGAAAUAGCGAGCGAGCAGACUACACAACAUGGAUCAAAAGAAUUGCUCCUCCCUUUGUUACCUUUUCAAUUCAGUUGAGCUCAGCCAUGAGCAUGUUCUAAGGCGAACCUCAAAAAGGCUACGAGGGCCGCUCAGAGACUGUGGAUGGGCCUGAUGCGGCCCGUGUGCCGUACUUUGCCCAAGCGUGUGCUAAGUCUUUAAAUUCAUCCGUGAGGUCGCAGGGUCAGGGAUAGCGUGCACCAAACAACAAUGGGUGCUCGUUUGAGAACCAUUCCGAAAUUUUCAUGUGCACCUCUGGCUAUAGAAAUGGUUGGAUGGAUCUUUUUUUCACCACAGCGUCAUCUGCUGGAUUUUGUUACGCGCUCCCCCCACUUGCCCCUUAUGGGAAAUCAGUCCUGGUAGAAAACAAGUCUGAUGCUCCUCUGCACUGACAAAAAAAAUCCAAUUCACUGUAUGCGAUAUUUAAAAUGGCAGAACACUUCAUAAAACCUUUCCUAUGCAGUCCGCUAUAUGCACUGGAGGAGUUCUGGCCCCCAGCCCGAGGUCUGAGCUGUACCAAAGCCUGCUGGCAUCCCUGUGGAGACGCAAUCAAGAGUGUGCUCAAUAUAGUCCGACAUGUAUCUAAAACGAUCACUUAUUUCAAACGAGACUUGGCAUCAGCGAUCGAAUGAAAUCUCCAAUGUAAUCGUAACCGCGUAGAGUGAAGGGUCGAAUUAUUCUUUUCGCCCCGUUUUAAGAAACGUGUGGUCAAGGCGGUUGACCGUGAAGCAGGAUGUCUGCCGCACACAAUGAACAGUACACAAACGCGUCCGCAUCGCAUUACCAAAAAAGCCCGGUUGUUAUUUCAUCACUACUCUUUUGUCCUCCUCCUCUUCAGACAAUAGAAAGGUAAUGAGAGCAAUGCCCACUGUCAAAGUGACUGGUGGGCAGUGACGACAUGGCACCCAACCAGCCCCGCCCACUUGUGCAUGAAUGGGCUCAAUCAUCGACGGCGCCGUCAUUACCAUCAACUGCACCUUUCGACUCCUUGCGCCUUUUGGGGUAUUGUGCCGACCAAAUGAGCUAUUCAGGAGGUCAGCGGCGGCCACCGGGGGAAGCCUGACCACCUGCACUGAGGCACCAAAUAGCGUGUUGUGUGGCCUCCAUAUAAUACACGAGUAGCAGUUACAUGCUUGCUUAAUUAUUUGACUUUGGCUUUCUGUACUGGGCUACGGAUGCUAUAUAGUCAUCCUGGAUGUGAACAUGCACUACUCAUAAAAGGUUAGGGAUAAGCAGCUUUGAGAUGAAAUGUCAGGAUGAACCUAAAAUGCGCUGUAACCUUACAAGUGAACUUCAUUUGACCUUCUAUGAACCUUUUAAAUGCACAUGCCCAAUGGUCUGUUUCAGUACUUUUUACACAACUUGCUGUUCUUUAACAAGGAGCUGAACAGUAAAAUUUGCAUUUUAUCCAUGAAUGGAUGGAUAUUCCCAAGGGCGUCCACUUCUAUGCCUUUCUGUGACUCUUCCAGUCACUCAGUAGCCACCUGCUGAUGACACUCUGUGGCAUUGUAAUUCUAGAACAUUGUGUUUCAAGCCUUGCAUUGUCGAGGUACUGUUAUCAAUCGCUCGGUGUCGUCUUGGUCUCAUGAUGUCAAAAUGUGAACAGCGUGAUGAAGAGGACGAUUCGAUUCAAUUUCAACUGAACUUUUCAUUAGUCCACUUCAGUCACAUGAAUUUUUAACACUGUCAUAUUUAUUUUCCCUCGCAGGAUGAAUAAAGUAUCUAUCUAUCGAUGAAAAGGGUCAGGAUUUCCACUUGUCAUUCCGAUAACAAUAAAACUUUGCGUUACAUCUCACGGAAACAAAAUAUUUCCUCCAAACGGCCAACGGUGAUGUUUUUCGUAGACACGGCAAUGCCUGACCAAAUAAUGCUCGACAAACCGAGCAACUAAUUCAAUUUCCUGCGCUGACCGAAAUAAAAAAAAGAAUUGCCAGAGUGCUGAAACCGCUGAUAAAUAAAUGGGGAAAAAAACAGCGAGGAUAAAAGUGUCGCAGUGACAACAAGCAGACAGAAAUCGUGGCUCUCGUUUGAGCCCGGGAGCCUGUGGCUUCCAGUCUUGUGGUGGGAACGCGAAGAAAAAUUAUGAUUCUGAAUUAUGAAUUAUGAAUUUUCCAAGUUACGCUCGGCCCUAAGCACUGAAGAGAGCGCUGCUGACACCGAGUUAAAACAAAUAUUAUGUCUCCUCAUGCAAAUGUUUUCUCCGAAAGCCUUUGAUCAUGUGACUGUGCAGAGAUGUAAUUCAUGCUCAGACAACGAAAUGCGACACAUCGACAUCUCACAUGUGACUCACUAGAGAUCAGACUCGCAAUGAAAGGAUCGAAUUUGAAAUACUUUUGUACUUACUUACAGUGGUGGGAAAUAAAGUGCAAAUACAGUGGUGCCUUGAGAUAUGAGUGUAAUUCGUUCUGUGACUUUGCUCGUAGCACUCGCAUCUCAAAUCAUCUUUCCCCAUUGACAUGAAUGAAAAUCCCAUGAAUCCGUUCCAGCCUCCCCAAAAGACCAACAAAAAUGUUUAUAAUGUUGGAAAAGUAUAGCACUCUAUAAUAAUGGACUUUUAAAAAGUCAAAAUAUACAGUAAGAAGAAGCUCGUUACUUUGUCAGCAGAUGACAAUACGACGUUAAAAAAAAAAAAAAAAAAGACGUAAACAGAGCGGUAAAGUCAACCUCUGUUGAGAUUUGAACUGAUUAACUGAUUGAGAUCUAGUGUAUAUUACAAGGCAGAAAAAUAGGGACAGCAGCAACAUGGAGGAACGUCAACUAGGGCACAUUGACCACAAUGAUGCAACAGAUUACAGAGGCAAGAUAUUCAACAUACAUGGUUUUAUUUAAGAGAAUUGUCUGAGCUUGACAGCUCCAAGAAUGAGUCGUGGCCUAUGUGUUGUUUUGUAUCGGCCUAAAAAAAACACCAGCUUCUGGCACUCAAAAAUUCUCUGUCUAAACUGAUGGCUAAUUUAGUAGUUUUGUGUUAGUCAUGUCACAAUGUUAGCAAAGCCCAAUGUUUUGAUUAGUUAAUAAAAGAGGAAAACUA